UACAGAACGGAGUCAUACAUGGCUCGUAGAGAAUUUGUCCUCCUACUGGGCCUCAUUAUCUCGACAGAAGUUGUAUUUUGUGGAAUUGCUUCGACAUGGGACUACUGUCACUGCAGGUGGGAUGAUUGGGCGGCCUGGUCGGACUGUUCGAGGACCUGUGGUGGUGGCCGGCGGUACAGGACAAGGAAAGUCUGGAUAAGGACUGACAUAUGCACACGUGAAUUUACCAACUGUGCCAGUAAUGAUAUGGGUUCUGAAUUUGGAGAUUGUAACGAAAUUUGUUACAAUGGAGGGACCUUUAGGUCUUAUGGAAGUUGCUCGUGUGUGACAGGCUGGCAUGGAAGCUGCUGCUUACAGGAGAUAACUUGUGGAAAUCCGGGGACAAUAGCCAAUGGUGUCGUUUCGGGAUCGACAUACACGUAUGGUAAUACUGUGACGUACUCCUGUAACACACACUUUAAUCUGACCGGUGGAUCAAUCUCCAGAACAUGUCAAUCAAAUUUUCUAUGGAAUGGAACGCAACCAAGAUGUGCAUUUGUGAAUUCAUGCGCCAGCAACCCCUGUCUGAAUAAUGGCACAUGUGUAAAUGGCUUAGACAGAUAUGACUGUCGCUGUACUUCAAGUUACAAUGGCAUCAACUGUGAAAAUGAUAUUCAGCCACCAGUAAUGAAGAAUUGUCCAAAUGACAUGUUCCUAUACUCCACAAAACCAACUAUUUUUGCAAAUUGGACGGCACCAACUUUUCACGACCCUGUUGGAACAAUUAUAGACAUAACAUCAAACUAUCCACACGACAGCUGGGUGUUUCCAUGGGGUGAUUACGUCGCGCAGUAUGUUGCACUGAAACCUACCAAUGGUCUUCGAACAUUGUGUCAGUUCAAUAUUACAAUUCGACCUCAUCCAUGCCCAGAGCUAAACGUACCAGUAAAUGGUGCUCGUGUAUGUAAUGGAUGGAAGACCGACUAUGGUAAAUUCUGUUUAGUAUACUGUGGCGGGAACUACAGCCUGAGCUUACAGUUUGAUCACAGUCAGUGGUACGUGUGUGGAUCCAGUGGGAAUUGGAUUGCUAAUGGACCCUUACCAAACUGCACAGAUCAGAUUUUGACGCCCCAGGUUCUGAGUUCCUCCAGUUCAUACCGAUACGAGGAUUGUUCAGCCUCCAGCGAUAUAAACAAGAUACAGAAUUCUUACAUAGAGAGACUGAAGUCUUCUAAUUACAAUGACUUUUGUGAUGAGAAUAUAAACCUAUGCUCCGCUGAAAAUGUAGAAGUUGCAUGCUGAAUGUGUACUUGUCACCUUGUUAAUUGUAAUUGAUUAAAUUCACCAUGAUUUUUUUUA